UUACAUCUUUUAAAACUCGCCUUUUAUUUUGUGCUUAAAUGCCAAAAUAUUGAAUAAUUUCAUUAUGGAAUUAAAUAAUGUGGGAAAUAAUAAAAGUUCCAUAUAUAUGGCAAUAUCGUUUAGAAAGUUGUGCUUAGCAACAGUAUCUUUACCUCUUGUGACACUUUUAGUCUGUUUUGUUACAGCUUAUAUCUUCCAACAAGACGAUAUUCAUGAAACACACUGCAGGGUUUAUAAUGUACUUCCAUCAAUCUCAGCUGUUACUGGUAUAUCUCCUCAAAGAUAUUUGUGGCGUAUAAGUAUAGCUCUACAUAUAGGUCCUAGAUUAAUAAUUGCUAGUGUAUAUCAUUCAUAUUAUUAUAAAAUACUUAAAGCAAUUGAAGAUAUACCUUCCAAAAUUAUGGGAUGUAGACUUUUAAAUCUAUGUUAUUGGUUAAGCAUUGCAGAAGUAGCAGCUCUAUGUGGUGUUACAUACAUCUCUAACAGAGAAAAUUAUUCUGUGCAUGAAAAAAUCUUCAUUGCCUUUAUGAUUAGUUCCCUAACAUACAUGUUGACAAAAGUGAGAUUGGGUCGUCUCAUAACACCAAAUGCACGAAGUCUUCAGUAUAAACAGGCACUUUUUGUAACCAGUCUUGUUAGUACUGUUGGUCUUAUUAUUUUCUUCCUAAAGCACAGGUUACUAUGUCACGAUCUGGCAUUUAGUUGGUUUUCCUUAUGCGAAUAUGUGAUUGCCUCUGCAAAUAUGGGUUUUCAUGUAACCGUAAUUCUAGACUUUCCCAAGGAGCAACUGGUUGUUGGGAAUGGUUUACCUGCCUUAAAGGUGGAUUAACUUGUAAUAUUUUAUACUCAUUAUUAUCUUAUUAUUGUCAUCAAAGUGCC